GUCGGGCCACGCCCCCUUCCGUCGGGCCACGCCCCUCCGCUCCAGACCCGGCGAUCAUGGUGGUGCUAAAGGGCGUUCCGGCGCUGCUGUCCCCUGAGCUGCUCUACGCCCUGGCGCGGAUGGGGCACGGCGACGAGAUCGUUUUCGCAGACGUGAACUUCCCCACCGCCUCCAUAUGCAGGUGUGGGCCGGAGGAGAUCCGCGCUGACGGCCUGGGCAUUCCACAGCUCCUGGAGGUUGUGCUGAAGCUGCUGCCACUGGACACCUACGUAGAGAGCCCGGCUGCUGUCAUGGAGCUGGUGCCCGGUGACCGGAAGAUCGGCCUUCAGACCCCGGUGUGGAAGAGCUACGAGUCCAUCCUCCUGGAGGCUGGCUGCGUGGUUAGGCUGCUGCCCCACCCAGGGGGUUCCCGGGGACCCUCUGCACCUCUGUGGAGGCUGAGCGCCCUGGCGAAGAUAGAGAGGUUUGAGUUUUAUGAGCGGGCCAAGAAGGCUUUUGCUGUUGUAGCAACUGGUGGCCCCGGGGGACCGCCGGACAAGCACCACUGACCCCUCCACUGCCCAAGAGCUAUGACCAGGCAACCUCCAUGGAACCCAGACCCGCCAGCCAGGCAACCGCCCCUGCUCCGCCGCAUCCCUGAGCUAUAGGGGUCCAGGAAGGUCGGAGAGUCUCUUGGGUGGCGUCCUAAGGGUGUCCCCUGAGGAAACAUCUUGGCCCAGCCCUGCAUCGUGGAGACCUGGAAAACUUGGGCAAGAGCUCCCUCCUGUCCCAGAGGCCAGGCCUGUGCAGGCUGGGGAGUGGCUGUCUGGCCUCUGGCCUCUGGCCUGGCGUGGCCCUGGGGGAGAAGCCAGCGGUGUUGCCUCAUGGGAGUGCAGGGAAAGGGGCACGGCUUAGAAGCGCCUCUGUGGGGGGCGCCUGGGUGGCUCAGUGGGUUAAACUUCUGCCUUUGGCUCGGGUCAUGAUCUCUGGGUCCUGGGAUCGAGUUCUGCUUCGGCCUCUCUGCUCAGCAGGGAGCCUGCUUCCCCCUCUCCUUUUGCCUGCCUCUCUGCCUACUUGUGAUCUCUCGUGUCAAAUAAAUAAAAUAUAUAUUUUUUAAAAA